GUUCAAGGACAGCCACUUCGUAGGGUAUCGGCAAGAAACCACCGUAUGAGAAAGUCGGUUGUUUGCGGAGUUUCCACAAAACGUCACCACCAUGUAAGCAAAGUACUCAGCCGUAAUUGUGGUCCAUCGCUGGAUUCUGUCCCAAAAAGAACCGUCGAGAGCCAGUUUCUUCGUGGCGACGGUGACGGUAAAUUCGGGAGGUUCGGUGGGAAGUUUGUACCGGAGACAUUAAUGUCUCGCCUGAGAGAUCUUGAAGACGAAUUUAAUUUUGUUUUGAACGAUCACGAAUUUCAGGAAGAGCUUACCACAACGUUAAGAGACUACGUAGGAAGAGAAACACCUCUCUACUUCGCCGGACGUUUAACCGAACACUACAAGAACCUAGCUCGAACCACCGGAGGAGGCGGUGGGGCCGAUAUCUUUCUGAAGAGGGAAGAUCUUAGCCACUGUGGGUCCCACAAAAUCAACAACGCUGUCGCUCAGGCUAUGAUCGCCCGGCGGCUUGGUUGCAGCCGUGUUGUGGCCGCCACAGGAGCCGGCCAACAUGGGGUCGCCACGGCGGCCGCAUGUGCGAAGCUCUCCUUGGAGUGUACGGUGAAAUCAGUGGAAGGAACAUUCAAAGAUGCAAGUUCAGAGGCGAUUCGAAAUUGGGUCGAACACCUAGAAACCGCAUACUACUUAUCGGGCACGGUCGUAGGACCACACCCGUGUCCAGUAAUGGUACGCGAGUUUCAAUCCGUGAUUGGGAAGGAGACGAGAAGGCAAGCGAAUCAGCUAUGGGGUGGUAAGCCUGAUGUGCUGGUGGCUUGUGUCGGGAGUGGCUCAAACGCAUUAGGUUUGUUCCAUGAGUUUGUUGGAGAUGAGGAUGUGCGACUGGUCGGGGUCGAGGCGGCAGGGCUCGGUCUAGAUUCAGGGAAACAUUCAGCUACUUUGGCAGUUGGGGAUAUUGGUGUAUACCAUGGUACCAUGAGCUAUUUAUUGCAAGAUGAUCAAGGACAGAUACUUACACCACACUCCGUAGGAAUAGGGUUAGAGUAUCCCGGAGUUGGACCGGAGAUUAGUUUUCUGAAAGAAACCGGAAGAGCCGAAUUCUACACAGCAACAGACCAAGAAGCCAUUGAAGCGUGCAUGCUAUUGAGCAGAUUGGAGGGAAUAAUCCCGGCAUUGGAAGCGUCUCACGCGCUUGCGUUCCUCGACAAACUCUUUCCUACUCUGCGCGAUGGUACCAAAGUGGUCGUGAAUUGCAGUGGCCGUGGCGACAAAGAUCUGAACACUCUCAUCCAACGAGGCAUCAUGCCCUCUUCUCUUUGUUGA